AUGAAGCUAGUAGUAGUAAUAAUUUUGAAACUGCUGGUAAUAGUGAAGAACCGAAUCAUUUGCAUAAUGAAUCUAGUUAUCAUCAGGAGGAGCAGAUGGUAGAUCAUGAUAGGGUUCAAGACAUGAUUACUGAUGCAUUUUUAGAAACAACUACUACAAUAGCUCAUGAAACUGGAAAUGUAGAAGAACCUAAUUUGGAUGCAAAAAGGUUUUAUGAAAUGUUAGAUGCUGCAAAUCAACCAAUCUACACUGGUUGUAGAGAAGGUCUCUCUAAAUUGUCUCUAGCAGCUAGGAUGAUGAACAUUAAAACGGAUCAUAAUUUACCUGAGAAUUGCAUGGAUGCUUGGGCGGAGUUGUUCAAAGAGUAUUUGCCAGAAGACAACGUGUCAGCUGAAUCUUAUUAUGAGAUUCAGAAAUUGGUUUAUAGUCUUGGGUUGCCUUCGGAGAUGAUAGAUGUUUGCAUCGACAACUGCAUGAUCUACUGGAAGGAUGAUGAGAAGUUAGAAGAGUGUCGAUUCUGCAAGAAACCACGAUUCAAGCCGCAAGGACGUGGGAGGAAUAGGGUACCGUACCAAAGGAUGUGGUACCUACCCAUUAAAGACAGGUUAAAAAGAUUAUACCAAUCGGAGAGGACUGCUGCAUGGAUGAGGUGGCAUGCUGAACAUGUCCAGAAGGAUGGCGAGGUCGCUCACCCAUCAGAUGCAAGGGCGUGGAAACAUUUCAACAAGGUAUACCCAGAUUUCGCUGAAAAUAUUCGGAAUGUCUAUCUUGGGUUAUGCACCGAUGGAUUUAGUCCAUUUGGUAUGUCUGGGAGACAGUAUUCUUUGUGGCCAGUUAUUCUUACGCCGUACAACCUGCCGCCGGAUAUGUGCAUGGAACAAGAAUUUCUAUUCUUGACCAUAUUAAUCCCUGGGCCGAAGCAUCCAAAACGGUCGUUGGAUGUAUUUCUUCAACCACUGAUACAGGAGCUAAAGGAGUUGUGGUCAGAAGGGGUAAGAACUUAUGAUUGUUCCACGAAAACCAAUUUUACGAUGCGAGCAGUUCUGCUGUGGACGAUAAGUGACUUUCCUGCUUAUGGAAUGUUGUCUGGCUGGACAACUCAUGGAAGGUUAUCUUGUCCAUAUUGUCAUGGAUCUACGGAUGCUUUUCAACUGAAGAAUGGUAGAAAGAGUUGUUGGUUUGAUUGUCAUCGUCGAUUUCUUCCUGUUGCCCAUCCUUACAGAAGAAAUAAGACAUUGUUUAGGAAAAACAAAGUUGUCAGAGACAGUCCUCCUCCAUAUCUCACAGGCCAGCAGAUCGAGGAGGACAUUGAUUAUUACGGAGCUCAGAAAACUGUGAAGCAAGGAGGAAACUGGCAUGUUCCUGGUAAUAUGCCUGAUGGGUAUGGGGUUUCUCACAAUUGGCAUAAGAAAAGUAUAUUUUGGGAGCUACCUUACUGGAAAGAUCUUCUUUUACGCCACAACCUGGAUGUGAUGCAUAUAGAGAAGAACUUUUUUGACAACAUCAUGAAUACAAUACUGAACGUCCCAGGAAAGACAAAAGAUAACAAAAAGUCAAGGAUGGACUUACCCGAUAUUUGCUCAAGAAGUGAGUUACAUAUCAAGAGCAAUGGAAAUGUUCCUGUUCCCAUCUUUCGAUUGUCAUCAGAAGCGAAGUCAACUUUGUUUGACUGGGUUGCAUCAGAAGUGAAGUUUCCUGAUGGUUACGUUUCAAAUCUGUCAAGAUGUGUUGAACGAGGUCAAAAGUUCUCAGGAAUGAAGAGUCAUGAUUGUCAUGUGUUUAUGCAACGACUACUUCCAUUCGCUUUUGCUGAGCUCCUUCCAACAAAUGUACAUGAAGCACUUGCAGCGAUCGGAGCUUUCUUCAGAGACCUUAGCACACGUACGUUCAAGGAAGAAGUCAUCGAACAACUUCAUGAGAACAUCCCGAUCAUAGUGUGCAACCUAGAGAAGAUAUUUCCUCCAUCAUUUUUUGACGUCAUGGAACAUCUAGUUGUCCACCUCCCGUACGAAGCAUUACUUCGCGGACCUGUUCACAAUGGAUGGAUGUAUCCAUAUGAGCGCUCUAUGAAACAUUUGAAGGGGAAAGCAAGAAAUCUUGCAAAGGUGGAAGGUUCGAUUGUGGCUGGAAGUUUGACAGCAGAAACAUCUAACUUCACAUCAUACUACUUUGCUUCAACGGUUCGUACGAGGAAAAGAGUUCCUAGAAGAUAUGAUGAUGGUGGAGUACCACAAUCUUAUGCAGUAGACGGUGUUCCUGACAUUUUCUGCCAAAUUGGACGGUUUGGUGGUAAACUGAGAGAAGUAUGGUGGUCCAGUGAUGAGGAUAAGCAUAGUGCCCACACUUAUAUUCUGCUCAACUGCGAGGAUGCUGUGAUGCGUUCUUUUGAAAGCUUGUUUGUAUCUCAAGUUGAAGAAGCAAUACCAGGAAUAUCCGGAACCGAGGUGGAUGCAAGGAAAGAUAAGCACUUUGUCAAGUGGUUAAAAGGACAGGUUGAUUAUGACGAUCCAUAUUAUCCUGUAUGGUUUCAUGAUUUGAUCCAAGGUCCAGUAGCAAAGGUCACCACAUCAUCUAUGUACUUCACACGAGGUUUCACUUUUCAUACAUAUGAGUAUGGGAGACGUCGGGCAACAAGCAACUACGGGAUAUGUGUGAAAGGUGAAACAGACUUUUACGGGAUCUUGCAAGAGAUUAUUGAAGUGGAAUUUCCAGGGUUGUUGAAGCUAAAAUGUGUCCUCUUCAAAUGCGAGUGGUUCGACCCGGUGGAGAACCGUGGUGUUCGGUUUAACAAAUUUGGUGUUGUGGAUAUCCAUUCUGGGAGAAGAUAUAACAAAUUCGAGCCUUUCAUCUUAGCUUCCCAAGCCGAACAAGUUAGCUUCCUUCCAUACCCUCGCCUUCGAAGUUCUGGGAUAAAUUGGUUAACUGCUAUCAAAAUAACACCUCGUGGACGGAUUGUUGCUGGAGAAGAACCACCUUUGCAAGAAGAAGAUGCAAUCAAUGAAGUUGAGGUACCUGAUCAACAAACUGAUGAAAUUCUUUUGAUCGACCCGGAUAACCGUCAAUAUGAAGAUCUUCCCGAAGAUGUGACGGAUGAAGCACGUGAAGAUGAGUUCGAUAGAAGCGAUGAUGAUCAUUGUAGUGAUGUUGAUGAGAACUCAAACGAUUCUUCAUGAUGUAAAAUAUGUAACAAAUGUUGAUUUUUAUUAGAAGAUCUUAUUUUCAUAUGUGUAUCAAAUUCUAU